CACGUCAAUAUGACACUACUCCACGACAUUAACGCCAAACUGGCGCCCAAUGACCCCCUCAGACGCCAAUGGAGUCAAACCGUUGGCCAACAGUUGGAUGACUUGCGCCGGGCGUUCACUGACAACGGGUUUGUCAUUGAUUUGAUUAAAGUCCAUCCCGACAGCGACCGUAUGCCUCGUCAGCAUAUAAUUGAUUUUAUGCCAAAUAUGAUGAACGGGUGGCGAAAUUAUUUCGAUACCGACAAACAGUUUGAAAGCGACAAAAAUGAUUUAAUGGAAAUAGUGUUCGACUCGUCAACCAAUCCCGAAGCCGAACGGCCCGACCCGAAGGCGUGGUCACACUUUCUGGCCAAUGAGAGCAUCACCGAAGUGGUUAAGACUGAACAAAUUGUUCAAAUUGUUUGCCAUACAAUUUAAUUGCGCGAAACAUCAGUUGUAUUGUAAUAGAGAAGCGAUUUAAUAAAUUCUAUGAACUUCUAAUUUAAAGUCUAUUCAUUACAGAACAAUACAC